AACUCGCAUACUAUAAUUAUACAGCUCUAUUUUGUAAGAACAAGAUUCUCUCAUGUAACCAAUUCAUAAUUCCUUUUAUUGAGCAAUAGAGCUUCUGCAAACAACUCACCCUAACUUACAAUACACCAUCCAAACUUUAUGGCACCACUACUAUAUGUUUUUAUGUACCUCACUUGAUUGGCUUGAACGCUGAAAGAAUGGUCUUGAGGCCCCAAAAUACAGCUAAAAAACCUUGGCUGCCGGAAAAGUGCCCUCGGCGAAAUUAUUUGCACACGGCCACCGUCGUGUGGAAAACGGUGCACUUUAUAUAACACCAAAUGACCUCUAGACUUAUCGUAGGAUUGUACCAUACAGACUCUAUUGAAAACAUUGGUGCACGUGAUGCGUUUCCAAUCCAUUUCCUUUACUAUCUAUAUGCUCUAAGUAUUUAUCUAUGAGCGCAAGACCCACUCACUGUACACUGAUCUCCUGCAUGGUCAACCUUCUUUUUCCACUCUGGCACGAAGCCCACCAACACACGCCUCUCCUGGGCACAGUCUCAGUACUUGGGCUAGUGCAUGUAAUUUCACUAGCAGGGACUAUAGCUCUUUAUAAGAGCAGCUGAACUUGUUGCUAGUCAAGUCCACUUCUAAAAGUACACACAUAAUUAUGUGACACUUGAAGUGACCGUCAUUAAACAUAAAUGCCAGACUUAUUAUGUUUAUGCCCAUUAUGUGACAGGCCGAAAUGGACUCUGCAUGGGGUCAUCUUACCUAGAUAGCAGAAGCACUAUAAUUAUGGUCUUGCAUGCAUGGAUUCUAAGAAAGGCCACACCCAUUAAGGCUGACCGCAUUCCCAUCAAAACUAAAACCAAGAUAUUCAACUUAGAUAGUUUAUUGCAAUUGGCCCGGUAGUAGAUUGUGGUCAAGGGCCGGGUGUCUGUUCUGAGGUGGCGGCAACUGUCUGCUGUGGGCUCUUCUAUUCAGCAGAUUUUGCAUUCCCAUCAAAUUUAAAACCAAGCUAUUCAACUUAGAUGGUUACCUGUUCUGAGGCCGUGGCGGCAACUGUCUGCUGUGGGCUCUUCUAUUCAGCAGGUUUUGCGAGAUAGAACUACAUGUAUUAAUUUAACAUUAGUGUUUAUUUGCAGAUUUUAACUGCUGAGCAACACUCUGGUGGUGGUAAAGUACAGUACUGCUACAUGCAUGUAUUAAACACAUUAUGCCACUGUUAGUUACAUACUUGUUUCAGAUCAACCUCCCUCCUCGGUUUUGCUCACCUCCUCAAUUAAGUGCUAGUUUAUAUACACAAUCACAGAUUUUGAUCAUAAGGCCUUGCUUUUCUCCCUCUUGCAGCUACCAAUAGCUAGUGUUCUAGUGUUGAGCUAACUACUAAGUAGGGUAGCAACACUCGAUGAAUAAGUUUUGCUACCCAGUCUUCUGAAGCAUUAUUUUGCAAAUCCAUGCAAGAAAACAUGACUAGAAACCUAUAGUCUACACAGACAGUCACACACCGUAGACAAACAAACACACUAUCGUAUACCUCGCUUGCGCAUGUGAAAUCAGGAUGGUUGUGGUUGCCUAGUUAAUUGUGCUAGCCUUGUCACCAGGCUUAUAAUUGUAAUGAUAGGUGCCAUUUUAGACCAAGCGUUAUAACAUUCGAGAAAAAUCGGCCUGGUGACGAAGUUAGCACAAUGUAUGUUAGGUAAUCCCUAUACAAACAGUAUACACAUUUGGGAUUCCUUAAAUGCUAUCUUUUGCUUUCAAGUCCUACAAACUUUUACGUAAUUGCGAGAUGCUCGGUUCGUGACGAGUGACAUGUGAACAAUAUUAGAUCCUAAGUGUAAAAGACACUGUGGAUUCAAUUGAAUAAACUUACUACAGCAGCUGUGUUGUUGGUUUCUAGUAGUUUUCAGGAACUAAACAUUUUAAAUUUAGGGGCGAGUGAUGGAAGAACAUCCGAAUCCUAAGUGUAAAAGACACUGUGGGUUUACAGUGUUUACAUUAUCUAUAUUAUAGCAGCUGUGAUGUUGUGUAUGUAACAGUCUGGAUUAGCUUAACUUAGCUAUCGCUUUAUCUAAUGACUCAACUAAGACAGAACAUGCCAAUUAUAUAAAUACAUUGCUCAUAAUCAUUACUCAUAGAUGGCUAAAUAUAGACCAUUGUUCAGUCAUUCCACAGUGUAUAAAAGCUAUCUGUGUAAAAGAACAUAAAUUACAUUGAUAAUGGACAAAAUCAUUAGUCAAAGUAAUGAUGCAUACAGUCUUGGAAGUAAAGUGGAGGAUGAAAAUGUUUAUGAACCUGUACCACCGCGUGGCGGCACCCUCCCUCAAGAAGAAGUCAACUCAGCAGCGGUCAAAGAGAGGAAGUUGCGAGUUAAUUGCUAUGCUAUCGUCACCAUCAUUGCUCUAGUAAUGUCUGUCCUUUCUCUGAUAGUGGCUUUGGUAGCAGUGAGUUAUGCUACAAUAGAGUUAAACAACCAGCAAGGUCAACUGGGCAGUUCCAGUCUGGAAAUGGAAUCCCAGAUCAACCAAAUUCGACUAUCAAAUGAGCAGUGUAAGAUUCAGAUAUCUGAUUUGCAUACUCAUUUGAACAACUCAAAUCAAAUGUUAAACGACUCAAACCAACAGAUUCAAAUUCUUUUCCAAGAUGUUCGAGAAAUUAUAGCAACUGUUUCAGUUCGCUCCUGCAGUGACAUCCCUCAAUACAAACCAUCUGGAGAAUACUGGAUUGCGACUGACAGUACUAGCUCUCCUGUUUAGGUCUACUGUGACAUGGACCGAACCAGUUGUAGCUGCAGCACUGCAGGAGGAUGGAUGAGGGUAGCCAACCUCGACAUGACUGACCGUAACCAAAACUGCCCAGAUGGAUUCAGACUGGUGUUGAACAAUACAACACCACCACUGCGUACUUGUGGCAGACCUGGACCAGCAGGAUGUGUGUCUACUACCUAUCCAACUUAUGGGGUGGAGUACUCUCGAGUUUGUGGAAGAGUGAUUGGUUAUCAAAACAAAACUACAGAUGGUUUUGCACCGUAUUACUUCAACAGAGCUGUAACUAUUGAUGAUGUUUACGUUGAUGGUGUGAGCCUAACCCAUGGACAGUCACCUCGUCAGCACAUCUGGACAUUUGCUAAUGCAAUCGAUGAAGUAAAUUCGAAUCGCUGGGUGUGUCCCUGUACAAGAUCUGACGUGGCCUACACUGGAGCUGUACCACCCUUCAUUGCUCAAGAUUACUUCUGUGAAACUGGAAGCCGACAGUAUCAUGAGAGUAUCUUCUACCCUGAUGAUCCAGUCUGGGACGGUCAGGGAUGUGGGAGUAACAGUACUUGCUGUGAGUUCAACAAUCCACCGUGGUUCUGCAAGCAACUCUCUCAACCGACUACAGACGAUAUCGAGUUGAGGCUCUGUGGUGAUGAAGAGACUGAAAAUGAAGACAUAGUACUACAGCUAGUGGAGAUCUACAUUCGCUGA